AUGAGCCAUUCACAUCAACUGACUUUAUCACCUUUUUUUUCGAGGUACAAUCAAAUUUUGCUGGAAUUUGAUUACGGCCUGGAUACAGUGCAUAUGAUUUUUGAUGGAAAUAGGAAAACGACGAGCUGGAACACCGGGGAUAAGGGAUACCACAUAAGAUUUGGUAACAAAAUCUACUUCUCAGCUGGAGACAGUGAAGUUGGCUUGUCCGGAUGCUUACGAGCAAUUUAUGUUGGACAUUUUGAUGUCAUCGAUGGAUAUGUGAAAGGUUCUGGAAAGGUAUCUUUUCUGCAAUCAAUUUUUUGGUAA